UGCUGAAUGUCGCCGCUGGCAAAGCGCCAAUGCAAAUCUCCACCGAGGGCUCAGGUGCUCCCCAAAAGGCCAUUGAUGGUUCAACAUCCGCAUUUUUCACACCAGAAACCUGUUCACUAACCAAAGCUGAACGUUCGCCUUGGUGGUAUGUGAAUCUCUUGGAGCCAUAUAUGGUGCAAUUGGUGCGAUUGGAUUUUGGAAAAUCGUGCUGUGGCAACAAACCGGCUACCAUUGUUGUGCGCGUCGGUAAUAACCGCCCUGAUCUGGGCACCAAUCCGAUUUGCAAUCGUUUCACUGGUCUACUCGAAGAGGGUCAACCACUGUUUCUGCCCUGCAACCCCCCAAUGCCUGGUGCAUUUGUCUCCGUGCACUUAGAGACGAAUAUACCAAAUCAACUGUCCAUUUGUGAAGCCUUCGUCUACACCGAUCAAGCUUUGCCCAUCGAACGUUGUCCCACGUUCCGCGAUCAGCCACCCGGUGCGCUGGCCUCCUACAAUGGCAAGUGUUACAUUUUCUAUAACCGCCAGCCCCUAAACUUCCUCGAUGCGCUCUCAUUUUGUCGCUCUCGCGGCGGCACACUCAUCAGCGAAAGCAAUCCUGCGUUGCAGGGCUUCAUUAGUUGGGAACUAUGGCGUCGGCAUCGCACUGACAUUAGCUCACAAUAUUGGAUGGGCGCUGUACGCGAUGGCACAGAUCGCAAUACCUGGAAGUGGGUGAAUGGCGAAGAGGUGGCGGUAUCUUUCUGGAAUCAUCCGGGUGGCGAUGAAGACUGCGCGCGUUUUGACGGCUCGAAGGGUUGGCUCUGGAGUGACACCAACUGCAAUACGCUACUGAAUUUCAUUUGUCAACAUCAACCAAAGACCUGCGGUCGUCCUGAGCAACCGCCAAACUCGACUAUGCUGGCACUAAACGGCUUCGAAGUGGGCGCACAGAUCAACUAUUCCUGCGAUGCUAAUCAUUUGCUUGUGGGUCCAGCGACACGUACGUGCUUGGAGACUGGUUUCUAUAAUGAAUUCCCACCGGUUUGUAAAUAUAUCGAAUGUGGACUGCCUGCUUCUAUUCUACAUGGCUCAUAUGACCUCAUCAAUGGUACUGUGGGCUAUCUCAGCGUAGUGAAAUAUUCAUGCGCUAAGGGCUUUGAGAUGAUUGGACGUGCAGUACUGACCUGCGACUUCGAUGAGCGCUGGAAUGGCCCACCGCCGCGUUGUGAAAUUGUUGAGUGCGACACGCUACCAGGCAAUUACUACAACACCAUUAUAUCCGCACCGAAUGGCACUUACUAUGGCUCAAAGGCAGAGAUCUCCUGCCCGAGCGGGUACCGGCUCGAAGGACCACAUGUGCUUACCUGUUUGGCUACUGGCCAAUGGAGUAGCGCUUUGCCUCGUUGCAUCCGCCUCGAACCCUCUACGCCAGCACCUACGCAACCUCCACCACCUCCACCUACACAGCCACCCACAUCAUCACCGACAGCACCAUCAACCACUUCCUACAGGCCACGGCUUACCUCAACUUCAAGACAGCCAUCUUACAAACCCACCAUCAGUACUACACAAACGACAAGUACCACACAGCAGCUUGAUGCUGUUGGCGGCGAUUCCGAUGAGGAAGUCACUUAUAUUGUGCCCGGCACUGUGCGUGAGGAAUUCCCGCCACGUCGGCCGCUACGUCCUGUCACUGUGUCUAAACGCCCUAGCACCACGCCGGCCUACUUCUCGCCUACCACUUCUACCACCACCAGCACGACACCGCGACCACGUAUUUACGCUCCUGUGGAGUCCACCACUCGCAACACUCAGAAUAUUAUACUUAAUGCGCAUCCACAAGAUAAUGAAAUCGCGGACAGCGUUAAUAUUCGACAUAACCAGUCGCCGAAUGUCAAUGUUCCAUACGCUGUGGAUAAUGUCGAUCGUAAGGAAACCAAGGAGGCUAAACUCAAUUUGGGCGCCAUUGUCGCUUUGGGCGCAUUCGGCGGUUUCGUGUUUCUAGCUGCGGUCAUUACGACAAUCAUCAUUUUGGUGAGAAGGUGAGUGGCACUACUUUUUCUACCUUUCGUAUCUUUUUGAAGUACGUUUUUAUGAAAGAAGAGGGGUCGCAGUGUACAGUAGUAUCGAGCUUUAGAGAGAAUCUU